ACAAAUACUUUCAGGAGCUGCAAUAAUAUAUGUCAAAUUAUCGCUGUUACACAUGUGAUACAAUUUGAGAUCAACAUCUGUUGUGAAUAUGAAUGAUAAAUCAGUGGAGUACUUGCGGCAAGCCAUAAUUUUACUUGGAUUCACAGUUUGGUUAUCAGUAGUAUACUCAUUCUGCUCCGAGGAUGUAGACUCUUCCAUGUGCUACUACACUGUCUUUCCCCCUGUGUUGGCUCCUGCAGCACUGGCUUUCUUUUAUGUGAACUGGCUUGGUUAUAAAAUGUUUGUACAUAACUGAUAGUGUCUUUUAAAAAUAAUUUGAAUGGUAUUUACUAUUUCUGAGAGAAUAAUGUUAACUAAGAAAACUUAAAUUGUUCCAGAUUGAAAUUAUAAAUAUAAUCUCACAAAUGUAAUAUUUAUGAUAUAAGCAUAACAUAUAAUUUGGUUGUUAUAUAUUAUUGUUGUUCUACUUCCUUUUAAUUGGAUAUUAUGUAAAUUGAUUGAUCGUAUUGAUUGAUUGGUAAUAUUUAACUAUAAAAUUGUCUUUCCUCAAAAAAAUGUCUUAUCUCAAUUGCAUGAACAAAAUUAAUAUCAUUUAGCAAAUUUGAUCUUUUUCAGACAUUUAUGUAUUUUAUCAAAAAUAGUCUAAUAUCACUUAUUUGAAAUUGAAUAGGAGGACUUAAUCUGGAUCGUUUUAGUCUGUGAUGACUACAGCAAAACGGCAAAAGCUUGACACUGAGGAUGAUGAAGUAAGAUCAGAAGAAAAGCCUACAAUCAAAGUGGAACCAGAUGAUUCAGUACCAGUCAUUGUUAAAACCGACCCGAUUAAAUCAGAAGAUAUUAAGAUUGAAUACAACAGUGAUGAUGAUUAUGUUGAUGAGGAUGAUGAUGACGACAGAAAGCCCCUCAUUUCUGCUCAAGAGAGGGAGUGGAAGUCUAAGCACUGCCCUUAUCUUGACACCAUUCAGAGGUCAAUCCUUGAUUUUGACUUCGAAAAGGUUUGCUCAAUAUCUCUCUCCAACCUGAAUGUUUACGCCUGUCUCGUGUGUGGAAAGUACUUUCAAGGUCGUGGUAAGAACACACACGCGUACACGCACAGUGUUCACGAGGACCACCACGUUUUCUUAAAUCUACACACUCUCAAAUCCUACUGUCUCCCGGACAAUUAUGAGAUCAUUGAUGCGACCUUAGAGGAUAUCAAAUAUGUGCUGAAUCCUAUCUUCACCAAAGAUGAGAUCAAAUCGUUGAGACACACCCACAAAAUAUGCAGAGCUCUAGAUGGAACAUCUUACUAUCAGGGAAUUCAGGGGCUUAACAACAUAAAGGCAAAUGACUACAUGAACGUAAUCCUGAUGUCACUGUGUCACGUCACUCCAGUUAGAGAGUUCUUCUUGGACGUAGGCAACUACUCCAAAAUCAAACUCCCCCCUGGUAGCAUCAUGUAUCCUUUAGUUCAGAGGUUUGGUGAUCUGGUGAGGAAGUUGUGGAAUCCUCGGAACUUUAGAUCACAUAUUUCCCCUCACGAAAUGUUACAAGCUGUUGUGAUCUGUAGCAAAAAGAAGUUUCAGUUCACUAAACAGGGUGACCCUAUUCCGUAUCUAUCUUGGUUGUUAAACUCACUUCAUUAUACGUUAACUGGAGCUAAGAUCAAGAGGAGCAGUGUUAUCUUCGAUACUUUCCAAGGGGAGAUGACAGUCCACAGUAGGAAAGUGCCUCCGCCGGGGGAAGCAGCACUAGGUGAACAGUACAAGACAACCAGCACAUCCACCUCCUUCCUCUAUCUCACUCUGGACCUUCCUUCUUCACCUUUGUUUACUGAGGACGGGGAUCACAACAUUAUUCCUCAAGUUCCGAUUUACAAGUUACUUGAGAAGUAUAACAAUGUGAUGGAAGUAGAACAUAAAACCUACGACGCAACCUAUCUUAAGAAGUACGAAAUCACUAAGCUCCCCAGAUACCUCAUCCUCGCUAUCAAACGAUUUACGGAGAACAGAUUCUUUAUUGAGAAAAACCCCACAAUCGUUAACUUCCCGAUAUCAUUUGACAUGGCGGAAUUCAUUGAGACAACAGUAUCAGACAAGUAUACCAACACGGAGUACAAUUUGUUGAGUAACAUUUGUCACGAUGGUACGCCCACUGCUGGUACCUACUCGACUCAUCUUCACUUGUCCAGUGCGAAUCAGUGGUUUGAUGUGCAGGAUCUGCACGUAACUAAACUACAGCCUCAGAUGAUUACCUUAUCAGAGUCCUACAUACAGAUUUACGAACGAGCGGAUUUGGCUGAAGAUUCAAAAGGAUAGUGAAGAGUCAAACUGUAGGCUUUAUAAUGCACAUGCCAUAAUACUAUACUAUACAUGAACAUUCUCCUUCAGAUAUCGUGUUUAAUAUGCUAAGCACAGUACCCAUUAUAAAUUUACGGCCAUGCUAAUUAUCGGCUUGGGUAGAUUUAAAUUUGAUUUGGCGAGAGUUCAUUUUUGCUACAUUUGGUAGAUUUGAGAGCCUUUUUUAUUAUGUUACCUUUUUAUUGUACGAUGGUCUGACAGCUAUUGUUUGCUUCAAAUGUGACAAUUCUAGAUAUUUAUUGAAUCAAUAUCCUUUUAUCAA